ACGCCCACCGAUUCGCAGAAUAUUUGCUCAACUAACUUUUAGUAUGGAUUAUUCGCACGGAGCGCUAGUACAGCAAAUCAUUUUGAGUGCGGAAUCAAAAAUAUUCGGUUAAACUUAGUUAGAGUGCUCGAGUAGCCAAAAAAUAAGGCUUAUUUCGAAAAAUAACAACAAAAAAAAAACCAAGAUAAUCUUAAAAAUCAAAUUAAAAAAAUAACAGUUUAAAAUAUAUGUGCAAAGCAAACUCUUUGGCGAAAAACAAAAUCGAAAAUUGCAAAUUUCAAGCACGCCAAAUCUCAGAACUAAGGCAGAUAAGCCAGCAAAAAUAAGAAAGUGAUCAAACGUGUCAUAUCAGUUACAUAUACAUAUGUAGGUUUCAUAUAUUUGACGCCAUCAUGACAACAGUUUUCACUAGUAAACAAUUCAGUUUGUGCUUCWUGGUGUUGUUGUGUCUACACUUUGUUGUAAUUGUCGGCAAUGCUGAAAGCCAGCAUCAUCAUCGGCAGCAACGUCAGCCUUACGGUGGUUACACUGUUGACUCCCGUGAAGCGGACGAUGCAUCAAAUGAUGUGUCGCCGUAUCAGCGCUCUACCAAUCGCGGUAGGGAUACUGCACGCAGACAGUUCAAUGAGAAUGAUUUAAAUUAUUACUAUGGUAAUCGGCAGUUGGCAACACAGGGUGCAGAGCAGCUGUCGCGCCGCCAAUUGCGAAAACAAAAACAGCGUCUAGARAAGCAGACSAGAAGUCAGCUACCCAUCGAGGCGACAUCGGAAGAAAACAAGUGUCAUAUUUGGGUGCCCGUGGAGCUGAUCAACAAAUAUCCUUAUGCGCAACGCGUUCAAUUGGAUCAACGCAAUCAACAGCAAAAACUUCUAGUCUGCUGCGCUGGCUAUGCGCCAUUACGUUGGCGCGGCAAUACACUCUGCCAGCCACUGUGUGAGAAUUGCCGAAACGGACGCUGUAUUGCGCCCAAUGUAUGCGAAUGCUUCGAUAAUUUCGUCGCAAACGAUAAUGGCGAUUGUGUUUUCGCUUGUCCGCUGGGUUGUCUGAACGGACGCUGCUUUCUUGAUGGCACCUGCCAGUGUGACGCCGGCUUUAAGUUGGAUGAGACCCGCAAAUUUUGUCGACCCAUUUGCAGCAACGGCUGUGGCAUGAAUCCGCGUCACAAUUGCACCGAACCGGAGGUGUGUGGCUGUGCGAAGGGUUACCAACUAACAAAUGAUGGCUGUGUGGCAGCAUGCGAUCCGGAUUGCGGUGAGGGUGGCGAGUGCCGUGAGCCGAACGUAUGCUACUGUACACCGGGCUAUGAACUCAAGGAUGGUGUGUGCCAGCGCGAGUGUUAUCAGAAAUGCGACAAUGGCAUUUGUUAUAGCAACAAUCGCUGCAUCUGCAAUCCCGGCUUUACAUAUCAUGAACGAUCGACACAAUGUGUGCCCAAUUAGUUUUAGUAACAUGCUAGCAUAUUUCCUUUAGUUUUGUGGAUAUAUGUGUGAUAAACUUAGUUGUCUUGUGAUAGUAAUUAUAAAAACGUUAAAAUUAUUAUAAUAAAUAUAAAAUAUUAAUUCUAAA